CAGCCGGGGAGGAGCGGCCCCCCUCCCACCGCUCCAAGAAGGGGGGCUCUGUGGGCGGCGUGUGCUACCUGUCGAUGGGCAUGGUCGUGCUGCUCAUGGGCCUCGUCUUCGCCUCUGUCUACAUCUACAGAUACUUCUUCCUGGCUCAGCUGGCCCGAGACAACUUCUUCCACUGUGGCGUUCUCUAUGAGGACUCCCUGUCACAGGUCCGGACUCGCAUGGAGCUGGAGGAGGACGUGAAAAUCUACCUGGAAGAGAACUAUGAGCGCAUCAACGUCCCUGUGCCCCAGUUUGGUGGUGGGGACCCCGCAGAUAUCAUCCACGACUUCCAGAGGGGCCUCACCGCCUACCACGACAUCUCCCUAGACAAGUGCUACGUCAUCGAGCUCAACACCACCAUCGUGCUGCCCCCACGCAACUUCUGGGAGCUGCUCGCGAACGUGAAGAGGGGUACGUACCUCCCACAGACGUACAUCAUGCAGGAGGAGAUGGUGGUGACGGAGCACGUCAGCGACAAGCAGGCCCUGGGCUCCUUCAUCCACCACCUGUGCAGCGGCAAGGACACCUACCGGCUGCGGCGCCGGGCCACCCGGAGGCGGAUCAAUAAGCGCGGAGCCCAGAAGUGCAGCGCCAUCCGCCACUUCGAGAACACCUUCGUGGUGGAGACCCUCAUCUGCGGGGUGGUGUGAGGCCGCCGCCUCUCCCUCUCCUGGCCGCUCUGGCCUCCCUGCCCUCGCUUAGCUUGUACUGUGGACGCCUUCCCUUCGCUGCAACCCGCCCCUUCCCUUCCGGCCCCCGCCUCCCUGUACCAGGGCUGUGACCUCUCCAGGCUCGGCCCCUGCUGGCCUCCGGGGGUCUCUGGGACCCGGCCGAGGGGCGUGGCUGGAGGUCA